GCAUCCAUUUGCAAAAAAAGGAAGCAGGUGAAGUGAGGUAAUUGGUCAGACACAUGAUUUACUGAGCGCGGGGAUGUGAGCACUGACAGAUUCGAUGCGUAAUUACUGUGAAACUUUAAAGAGGCGCGCGCUCGUGUUGCUUUUACGUCGAUGAGGUGUAAACGUAAAGCUUGUGUGCAUGAGUGAGACCUGGCGGCGCAGUUAAUAUAUCUCUCUGAAUAAAGAUAAACACAAGCUUAGGAGGAACUUGCAGAACUUUUUGCCCUACUAAAGUAGGACAAUGCCUGUUCGACGGGGACACGUUGCGCCUCAGAACACCUUCCUGGACACCAUCAUUCGCAAAUUCGACGGUCAAAAUCGCAAAUUCAUCAUAGCCAAUGCUCGAGUUGAAAACUGCGCCAUCAUCUUCUGCAAUGAUGGAUUUUGCGGCAUGUGCGGCUACACGCGUGCAGAGGUCAUGCAGAAGCCGUGUACCUGCAGCUUUCUGUAUGGACCGCAUACUGGACGACCUGCCAUGUCCCAGAUGGCCAAAGCCUUACUGGGCUCUGAAGAAAGAAAAGUGGAGAUCUCCCUAUACAGGAAAGAUGGUGUGUGUUUGCCGUGCUUUGUGGAUGUGGUUCCAGUUAAGAAUGAGGAUGGUUUAGUCAUCAUGUUCAUCCUGAACUUUGAGCUGGCAGAUCAACAGGACAGACCCCUCGACAGCUCACCGGGCAGAGACAUCAACCCAAAACACACCAUCCCAUGGCUCUCUAAAGCAAGAAGACACCGUCUCAGGUUGCCUCUGCCUUUGCUGCGUUCCCUGAGUGGCAGUAAACAGUCUCUGCAUGAAGAUGCUGAAAAAGGCUACGUGCAGCUGAUGCCCCAUAUGGGCCAUGAGUCAGUAGCCCUGGACAAACUGCUCUCCCUGCCUGAGCGUUCUGCAUUCGGAGGAUCUCAGCUGUUUAUGUGGGAAGAUAAGGCUCAAAAUGAGCCUGAAAGUGAGCCACAGCCAUCAGAAGUGUCCCCUCCCCUGCCUCAGGGCUUCUCUCAGUCCUCCCCUCGUCUGCACAACCUCACCUCAGAGGCAUCUCCGUCCAGCUGCAGCAUGGCACACAGCCACUCCUGCGAGAGCCUGUGUGGCAUGCGGCCCUCACCCUCCACCAAUGACUUCAACUGGGACAGGAAACUGCCCGUCAGACCCAGUAGCACAGGUGCCAUGCACCGCAAAGCUAGCUUGCACAACGCUACUUCCGACUCAGAUCUCAUUCGGCUCCGGACCUCAGUUCAGGGCCCCCGAAUAUCACACAGCUUAAUGGAUAUGAAACCGGAUCCCUUAAUUGCUGUUCCACCUGGUGAGAUUGACAUCAUUGCCCCGGGCAAACUGAUAGACCGGACCCAUAAUGUGACCAAGAAAGUCACUCAGGUGCUGUCUCUAGGUGCAGAUGUCCUCCCUGAGUAUAAGCUCCAGGCUCCCCGAAUCCACAAAUGGACCAUUUUACACUACAGCCCCUUCAAGGCAGUCUGGGACUGGGUCAUCUUGCUGCUGGUCAUCUAUACGGCAAUCGUCACACCUUACUCGGCUGCAUUCCUGCUCAGCGACGAGGAAGAGGCUGCCAUGCAGCGCUGUGGCUACUCUUGCAGUCCACUCAACGUGGUGGACCUCAUGGUGGAUAUCAUGUUCGUAGUGGACAUUGUGAUUAACUUUCGCACAACCUACGUGAAUAGCAACGAUGAAGUGGUCAGCCAGCCCGGCCGAAUAGCCAUCCACUAUUUUAAAGGCUGGUUCCUCAUUGACAUGGUGGCUGCCAUUCCUUUCGACUUGCUCAUUUAUCGCUCUGUAGAAGAUACAACAACUCUGAUUGGCCUACUGAAGACUGCUCGGCUGUUGCGAUUAGUGCGUGUGGCACGUAAACUCGAUCGCUACUCCGAGUAUGGAGCCGCGGUGCUCUUUCUUCUUAUGUGCACCUUUGCACUAAUUGCCCACUGGCUGGCCUGCAUCUGGUAUGCUAUUGGGAAUGUGGAAAGGAGCGGCCCGUCUCGGAUCGGUUGGCUUGAUUCUUUGGGUGAACAGCUGGGGAAGCCAUAUAAUAUCACAAAUCCUUCAUCAGGACCCUCUAUUAAAGAUAAAUAUGUCACUGCCCUGUACUUCACCUUCAGCAGCCUCACCAGUGUGGGCUUUGGAAAUGUCUCCCCAAAAACCAACUCUGAGAAGAUCUUUACCAUCUGUGUCAUGCUCAUUGGAGCGCUAAUGUAUGCUAGCAUAUUUGGAAAUGUGUCAGCCAUCAUCCAGAGGCUGUACUCUGGCACCGCGCGUUACCACACUCAGAUGCUACGGGUUCGGGAGUUCAUCCGUUUCCACCAGAUCCCCAACCCACUCAGGCAAAAACUGGAGGAGUAUUUUCAGCAUGCUUGGUCCUACACUAACGGCAUUGACAUGAAUGCUGUGCUGAAGGGGUUCCCAGAGUGCUUACAGGCAGACAUCUGUUUGCAUCUAAAUCGUACAUUGCUACAGAACUGUAAAGCUUUCAAGGGCUCCAGUAAAGGUUGCUUACGUGCUUUGGCUAUGAAGUUCAAGACUACACAUGCUCCACCAGGAGACACCUUGGUCCACGCUGGUGAUGUGAUUUCAGCGCUAUACUUCAUUUCUCGUGGCUCCAUUGAGAUCUUAAAGGGAGAUGUGGUAGUGGCCAUUCUAGGCAAGAACGAUAUAUUUGGAGAGCCCAUUAAUUUAUAUGCACGUCCUGGAAAGUCAAGGUCUGAUGUGAGAGCACUGACGUACUGUGACCUGCAUAAAAUCCACAGAGAUGAUAUAGUGGAGGUCUUGGACAUGUAUCCAGAGUUCUCAGACUACUUCUGGAGCAAUCUGGAGAUCACCUUUAACUUGAGAGAUACUAACACUAAAGCUGGGUCAAUGAGCAGUGACCCUGACGAUUCUGACCAUGGCUGUCUUGACCAUCACACACGAAGAGCAAAGCUUUUCUUCAAGUCCAAAAGAAACUCUAUCCCACAAGUAGCAGAUACAGAGAAGACGGAAGAAAAACUCAAUAGGACGACUUUCAGAACACAGAAUUUAAGCAAGCAGCACAAGGACAGACAAGCUGCUCAUCGGGACUCAGACAUUUUUGCCUCCCAGUCCAGCAGUGAUGAAGAGGAAGAGACUCUGCAGUCCACUGCAAUAGUAGACUGCUCUCAGAGCCAUUUCACUAGUAUCAGCAAUGCUAACAGUGACAAGAACCACAACAGCAGUAACUCUUUUAAUGCACUGUCAGGAGCUCUUUCGGGGGUUUCUAACAUCUUCAGCUUUUGGGGGGACAGUGGUGGCCAUCAGUACCAGGAAGUACCCAGCCACAGUAUGUCUUUACCCUCAUCUUCAGUGCCCUCCAAUACUGUCCUGCACAGUGUUACCCAUCGUCAUUGCACUGAGGUAGAGAAUAGACUGGAAAUGAUGCAGAGACAGCUCCACAGAUUGGAGAAGCGCAUGUCAACAGACAUGGGGGCCAUAAUGCACUUGCUUCAGAGGCAGAUGGUGCUGGUUCCACCGGCCUACAGCUCUGUGACAUCCCCUAUAGAAGCAUCUUCAAAUCCACCCAAACCAGGCCAGAAACUGGUCCAUCCUGUCAACCUUUUGGAGACAGAAACGCCAGCCAUUCUCUCUGAGAUACUUGAUCCCCAUGAAUUUGCUGACAGUCCCAUAAAGUCCAGUGAAAGUCUGUCAGGGGCAAUGGAGCUCCAGCUCUUGGACUCUUCCUUACAGCCCUCCUCUGAGACUCCUUCUGGGUCUUAUUCUGAAAGAUGGCCAUGUAGCAUGGGCCACAAUGACCCUGAUUGUCUUACAGCACACACUGACCAGCAACAAAUAGUCAUAGCUGAUCAAGGUAGUUCUAGUUUUUUGGAUGCAGAGCCUAUUGGAACUGUUCACCAUCCACAAGCUGGACUGAGGUUAGAUUUGGAGUGUUCAAGACGCCUAUCAUUGCCAGUGCAACAUCAUGUAGAGGAUGAUUCCUCAAUCCAAAAACGACAUGGCUCUAAUCCUGGGUGUUAAGAUUGAAACUUUUGUUCAGCAUGUCAGUGGAAAACAAUGCAUACAUCCUGACUGACCGCAACAAUGUUGGCAGGAUGUUUUGAAGACCUUCUACUUCAGGUUCAUAUUAAUUACCUCAGAAAGUCUAACAUAGAGGCAUCAUUAAUGUCCCUGUAGAUUGGUACAUUUGUGUUAGCUGGUCUAACAAUGCUUGUUGUUUUUACCUGCCUCUCACUGAAAAUGUUCAAUUUUACGAAAGUGUUCACUUGUUAUUUUGAGGUGUAAAUGUAAUGAUUUAUAUUAGCAUAUCAGUUUUUUAACAGUGUGGUUUUGUGUUGAAUUGAUGAUUGUUUGUUUGGAAGUCUUGGACAAUCUGUAGCAAUACACUGUAAAGUCUACAGAGUAUGAUUUAUUAGUGUUUAAAUGGACAUUUGGAAACUUCAAAUCUCAGGUGGACGAACCCCAAGCUCAUCUCUAGUAGCUAAAAUACCUCAGAGUGAGUGAUUCCAGGGAAUAAUGGUUAAUCCUUCUGAAUAACAUGCCAGUAGUUUACAUGACUGAAAGCAUUGUUUAUAUCUUUCAGGCCAUCCACUGUAAAGAUUUUCCUUUGAGAAUAAGUUAUUACUCUAAAUAUAUAAUCAUCAGUUUGGCCAUAGGGUCAAAACGUGUUAAAUGUGAUUUAGACAGAUUAUGACUAAAAUCCAUUUUGAUCAUAAUCCAUAUCACUAGUACAAUUAGUGUUGAAAUAUACAUAUAUAUAUAAAACAUAUAUGAUCAGUUGGCACUGGUUCAUGCCAAACACAUCCAGUAAUAAGCCAUACUAUAAAUGUGCUAGAAAGAUAUUUAUAGGGAAUGUGGUAUAUAGAAAGGGUAUAGCUUGGAAUGUGCAUAUGUAUUAUAACAUCCUAAGUAGGAAUAUUUAUUGUUAGCUUACUAUAAACUGAUUAUUGUGCAGAUUUUAUCUCUUAAUAACUGAUAAUCACAUU